AUGGCGUCACGGGCAUUCCGCAGGCUCUCUCUGCUUUUUUAUGUUUUCUGCCCGUCGGUGAUUGGAUCUCUGAUUGCCGGCCUUGCGGCAGGCGGCGCCCAGCCGGGCGGGCGUGCAUGGGGCGAUGUGGUGAAAGCAGUCACAAAAACGAGCAAACAGACCAGGAUCAGGCGCAUUCUAGAAGUAUCUCGGCGUGAUUCUAGCGUGCCUGGUAGCUGCAUCGUGAAGGCCCGUAUAUCAGGACGUCGAUUGACAGGUCUCGCCCGUUCGGCUGGGAAGCAUCACGGCAUGGAUCGUACAGGUCAUGGCCUUGCAUGA